AUGUGUAAUCAGAAGAAUAUGAUGAUGAAGGAUAAAUAAAUGAAAAAACUGUAUAAUCUUAAAAUGAGGAGAGUCAUAUUAAUAUUUAAUGUACUUAAAUUUGAGAUAAAUGGAGCAUUAGCAGUUUAAAAGGGGAUCCAUCUCUAGUCAAUAAAAAGCUGUAACGUUGAAUAUAAAGAUAAAUUUGAUUAUUAAAAUGAAAGUUGUGAGAUAUCUUAUUAUGAAUUCCUAAAACUUGAUUAGAGAGUAUGAUAAUUUAGAAAUAAAUAGAAAACGACAUCAGUUUUUAGGUAAACUUAAGAAUCUGUUUCAUAUAGUCUAAAAGGUGAGAUGAAUUCAUUAAUUUAUUAUAAAUAAUUUGAUGAUGAAUGUAAAUAUAUAGUAAAGGAGAUUGUUGAUAAUUUAAUAGAGUUGAAUUGCAAUAUAUAUUUAGAAUAGAGAUAAUUUGAUGAGAUAGCAAAUAUAACUCAUUCAAAUCGUCUUUAUGUUUUUACGAAAGAAUAAAUAACUUUAAUAUCUUUAAUAAUAGUAGUAGGAGGUGAUGGAACUGUAUUAUAUGCAUUAAGACAAUUUUAAAGUUAAGAACCACCUCCAAUAUUGGCAUUUUAAAAAGGGACGUUAGGUUUUAUGUGUGUAUUUGACUUAAAAGAUAAAUACUAAGUGUUAUCGAAGUAGAUAGAACAUUUUAGAACAGCUGGAUAAUUUAUAGUUGAAAGAAAAUUAAGAUUGAAAGGUUGUUUAAUAUAAAGUGGAGGAUAGAAAUUUGAAUAUCAUGUAUUAAAUGAAUUUGUAAUAACAAGAGGAGCAAACCCUCAUUGCUUAUAUAUUGAGAUAUAUAUAAAUGAUGUACUAUUAACACUUGCAUCAGGAGAUGGAAUAAUUGUAUCUACUCCAACAGGUUCAACUGCAUAUUUUUUAUCAGCUGGAGGUCCAAUUAUAUAGAAUGAAGUACCAUCUAUAUCAAUUGCUCCAAUUUGUCCAUUAUCUUUGUCAUUUAGACCGAUUGUUUUACCUACUUGUCUAAAUAUUACUAUAAAAUUAGCUAAUUAAUGUAGAGCUAAUGGAUUUAUAUGUGCUGAUGGAUAAACUACUGUUGAAUUUAACAAAGAUAUGAUAUUUCAAAUCUUAAAAUCAGAAAAAUUUGUUAGCAGUAUAUUAUUAUAUAUAUAUAUUUAGUUAUCUAAGAUAAAUCAGAUAUAGAUUAUAAUGAAUGGGUACAUAAUCUUAGAAAAAAAUUAGGAUGGAAUAAAGUAUUUACAGAUUAAAAGAAAUAUAAAUCAAAUUUGUGA